UCCAUCUUCGUUAAUGGCAAGGAAAUGAAAAGCAAAGUGGAUACUAUUGUUAACUUCACUUACCAGCAUUUUACCACCCAAUUAGAAGUGACGGUCUGGGUUCCCCGGCUGCCGCUGCAGAUAGAAAUCUCUGAUACAGAGCUUAGCCAGAUCAAAGGCUGGAGGAUACCCGUCACUGCCAAUAAAAGGCCUACCCGUGACAGCGAGGACGAAGAGGAUGAUGAGAAAAAAGGAAGAGGUUGUACCCUCCAGUAUCAGCAUGCCAUGGUGCGGGUCCUCACACAGUUUGUAGCUGAAUCCUCUGAGUUUGGAGGCCACUUGACCUAUAUGCUAGGCUCUGAGUGGCAGUUUGACAUCACUGACCUUGUGACUGAUUUCAUGAAGGUAGAAGAACCCAAGAUUGCUAAGCUUCAAGAUGGCCGAGUUCUGGUUGGUCGUGAGCAUGGCAUCACCACAGUCCAGGUUCUGUCACCUCUUUCCGAUUCCAUCUUGGCAGAGAAGACAGUGAUAGUUCUAGAUGACCGUGUAACCAUUACAGAUCUAGGAGUACAACUAGUUUCAGGCUUGUCCCUCUCCUUACAAAUCAGCAAAGGAAGUAAGAGAGCUAUCGUUUCUACCACCUCUGCAUAUGAUAUCCUUAAUACUCCGAAACAGGAAGCCAUAGUCAGUGCUUGGAUUUUGUUCAGUGAUGGGUCAGUGACGCCAUUGGAUAUCUAUGACUCCAAGGAUUUCUCGAUCACCAUCACUUCACUGGAUGAGAUGGUAGUGUCAGCACACCAAAACCUUCAGUCCAAAUGGCCUGGGGUCAUGGCGGAAGGGGAUGGGCAAGGACCUUUGAUUAAAAUUGAAAUGGUCAUCAGCGAGCCAUGUCAGAAGACUAAGCGGAAGAGCAUUCUGGCUGUUGGGAAAGGAAGCGUCAAAGUGAAGUUUGGUCACAAAGAUUCUGACCAAAAAGGAAGCACUAAUGACAUUGACAAUGUGGAUAGAGAUUUUAAAAGCCAUGCAAGCAAUUCUAUAGAGAAACCUGCAGAACAAGAGAGGACAGCACAAGAAUGGUCCAAAAACCAUGAGGACACGUCCAGUCAUGAGGACAAUGCAAACAAAAGCACAACUUUCGUAUCUCCCAUUGAUCAGGAGUCCCUGGAGGAUGGCCAGCUCCAGAAUAACCCAACUGCCUUCACAGGUUUCCCUACGCAAGUAGAAAUACCAGGAGAAAGCAAUCCCAGUGAUCUCACAUUGACUUCAAGAGGAUUGACAGAUUUGGAGAUUGGCAUGUAUGCCCUGCUGUGUGUUUUCUGCUUAGCAAUCUUGGUCUUUUUGAUUAACUGUGUGGCAUUUGCUUGGAAAUACAGGCAUAAAAGGUUUGCUGUGAGUGAGCAAGGCAACAUCCCCCAUUCCCAUGAUUGGGUCUGGCUUGGAAAUGAGGUUGAACUGCUGGAAAACCCAGUUGACAUUUCGCUCCCGUCAGAGGAGUGCACUACCAUGAUUGACAGAGGAAUGCAGUUUGAAGAAAGCAACUUUCUCCUUAAUGGGAGUUCUCAGAAGACUCUUCAUAAUCAUAUCCUCAGAUCGUCUGAGUACCUUUGUGAAAAAGAAGUCAAAAGUGAACCUAUAAAUCCUUCUGGGCCAAAACAGAAGCGAGUAAAGUUCACUUCAUAUACCACAAUACUGCCAGAGGAUGGAGGCCCCUACACCAAUUCUAUUCUAUUUGACAGUGAUGAUAAUAUUAAAUGGGUAUGCCAAGAUAUGAAUCUUGGUGAUUCCAAGGAACUUAGGGACUAUAUGGAAAGACUGCAAGACAAUAUGUAA